AAGGAAGUGACGCAAGGAUGAGGGGCGGGGUGGGCUCCGCACCGGAAGAGGCUCCCAGAUAGUAAAUAAGCCCCGAAAGGCGGUGUCUCCAUCUUGUCAGUGUCAGUGUUUAGAGACGUUGAGACGAUGGGGAGCGUCUUGGGAUUGUGCUCCAUGGCGAGCUGGAUACCAUGUUUGUGUGGCAGUGCCCCAUGCUUGCUGUGCCGAUGCUGUCCCAGUGGAAACAACUCCACUGUAACUAGGUUGAUCUAUGCACUUUUCUUGCUUGUUGGAGUUUGUGUAGCUUGUAUAAUGUUGAUACCAGGAAUGGAAGAACAACUGAAUAAGAUUCCUGGAUUUUGCGAGAAUGAGAAAGGUGUUGUCCCUUGUAAUAUUCUAGUUGGCUAUAAAGCUGUAUACCGUUUGUGCUUUGGCUUGGCUAUGUUCUAUCUUCUCCUGUCUCUGCUAAUGAUCAAAGUGAAGAGUAGCAGUGAUCCCAGAGCUGCAAUACACAAUGGAUUCUGGUUUUUUAAAUUUGCUGCAGCAAUUGCAAUUAUUAUUGGGGCUUUCUUCAUUCCAGAAGGAACUUUCACAACUGUAUGGUUUUAUGUAGGCAUGGCAGGUGCCUUUUGCUUCAUCCUCAUACAGCUAGUCUUACUUAUUGAUUUUGCACAUUCAUGGAAUGAAUCCUGGGUUGAAAAAAUGGAAGAAGGGAACUCAAGAUGCUGGUAUGCAGCUUUGUUAUCAGCUACUGCUCUGAAUUACCUGCUGUCUUUAGUUGCUAUUGUCUUAUUCUUUGUCUACUACACUCAUCCAGCCAGUUGCUCAGAAAAUAAAGCAUUCAUCAGUGUCAACAUGCUCCUUUGCCUUGGUGCUUCUAUAAUGUCUAUACUGCCAAAAAUCCAAGAAUCACAACCAAGGUCUGGUUUGUUACAGUCUUCAGUAAUUACAGUCUAUACAAUGUAUUUGACAUGGUCCGCUAUGACCAAUGAACCAGAAACAAAUUGUAAUCCAAGUCUCCUAAGCAUAAUUGGUUUCAAUACAACAAGCACUAUCCCAAAGGAAGGUCAGUCUGUCCAGUGGUGGCAUGCUCAAGGAAUUAUAGGCCUAAUCCUGUUUUUAUUGUGUGUAUUUUAUUCAAGCAUCCGCACUUCAAACAAUAGUCAAGUUAAUAAACUGACUCUAACAAGUGAUGAAUCCACAUUAAUAGAAGAUGGAGGACCCAGAAGUGAUGGGUCACUGGAAGAUGGAGAUGAUGUGCACCGAGCUAUAGAUAAUGAAAGGGAUGGUGUUACUUACAGUUACUCCUUCUUUCACUUCAUGCUCUUCCUGGCUUCACUUUACAUCAUGAUGACCCUUACCAACUGGUACAGGUAUGAGCCUUCACGUGAGAUGAAAAGUCAGUGGACGGCUGUCUGGGUGAAAAUCUCGUCUAGUUGGAUUGGCAUUGUGCUGUAUGUUUGGACACUGGUAGCGCCACUUGUUCUUACAAACCGUGAUUUUGACUGAAUGGGACUUCUAGCAUGAAAGUUCCACUUUGAUCAUUGUUUAUCUGAAAUUAACAGUAUUUCCAACUUUUGUUAAGUUCAUAUGUGUGGACUUCCCAUGUAACCUUUCCAGUGUUCUGGCAUGAAUUAGAUUUUACUGAUUCUAUUCAUUAUUUUCUUGCCAAGCUCAUUGCUGUGUGUGUUAGAAUGAAUCAAAAGAAUUUUUUGAGUAUGAUGGUAAGUUAUAAAAGUAGACAAUGUUAGGGUUAUCACUGCUGCACAUGUGAAAUUAAGAGUAAAAACAAUACUGUUUAACAAUUUGAUUUUUAAAUCAUGUAGGAACUUACUGACUUAGAAAGUAUACGAAGAAAUUAAAGACUGUCUUAUGAAAUAUUUGAUGCCUUGCCCUACAGGAGACUGCAAAGAAUAUUGUUUUCUAAGAUCAAGGGAGAGGAAGAUUUGAUGGAUAACAGUUCAGCUUAUAUAGGAAGGAAAUUGAGGCACAGACCUUCAGAGUCAGAUUAAGUAGGUAAUAAAUUAUAAAUUAAAUACCUAAUUAAGUUAUAAUAAUUCUGGGCUAGGUGUGAUCUCUUAGCAACAGUGGAUUUUGUUUUGGUUAUUACAUAAGUAUGGGUUUAAUGGAGAUGUUUUUAAAAAGGAUAACUAAAGGCUAAAAGGAGAUUAAAAAAGUUGCUUUGACAGUUCUUUCUGAAAACAAAAAAAAUGGACAGGAAGAAACUGCUAAAAACUUGACCAUAGUAUGUAAAAAAUCUAGUUCAGUCAUUUAAAAAUGAAACUAAAGCACAGACUUACACAUCUCAAAGGCAGAGUUGGAAAAUCCCAAAUCUGCCAUAAAUAACCCACAUUCUUUCUGGCAUUGGAAAUAAUUUCUAUUCAAAGUAAAUGCAUAAUAGAUUUUACACCUCAUUAGUAAUCUAUGUGAUGUGGGUUGCUGGUGUCUAGCAUGCCUUCUACCUAUAAACUUGGGGGAUUAGGAGUAUGAUGGAAUGCUGUAGAAUAAAAUGCUUACAGUACACUGUACAGUUCAAAAGAUGUUUAAAUGCUUCUGUAUUUGCUGCCAUCUAAUCAGAAAUAAGUUAUGUUUAUAAUCUUUCAACCUGCAAAUCCAGCAUUACGACUACUAGCUUCUAUAGAAACUUAGUUAUUUGUGUCAUUAGUAACUUAGUGAAUCUUAAAAUACACAUUUGCUUCUUUUAAGAUAUUAGUACAAAUGAAAUGUAACAAUUCAGAUACUCCAGUUCUACUAUGUGUUCAUACUGUGUUCCAUAUUUUGAAUGGCUGUGUUCUAUCUAAAUAAAUGGAUUCAGAAAAAGCA